AUGCAGCCGCUCACUAUCGUUAUCGUAGGCCUGUUAUUGUUGAUAGUGGCCGUUGUGCACUUCAUCAAGGUCUUUAGGGAAAUAAACGACCCAAAUGGGAUACCGGGACCGACACAAAUACCCUACUUGGGGCGCAUCCAUGAUCUUCCAAUUCAGUUCAUGUGGCUCAAGUUCAAAGAGUGGGCGGACAAGUAUGGGCAAGGCGGAUUUUAUCGCACCGUCAUGCUUGGUGCUGAAUUCCUCGUCGUGACCGAUGAGAAGGUGGCGGAGGAUUUACUGGUCAAACGCGCCAAGUAUAACUCGGAUCGGCCAGUGAUUCGAUCCUUGUUUGACUCCAAGAGCACGUAUGGCUCUAUGGAGUACCUUCCCCUAAUGGGCCACAAUCAAUACUGGGCGCGUCAAAGAAAACUCAGCCAUUCCUACCUAACUGAGGCCACAAAAGCUCACUACUACGGUGUAAUGUACUUUGAGGUCCAGCGAUGGAUGGCACGACUGAUCGAAAACCCCGACGACUUCCAAUACUCUCUCGAAGACAUGUCCUCCAAGGUCAUGUGCCAGCUGACAUGGGAUGAUCCAAGCCUCAGCGAGUACUGUACCAAGAGCGCCUGGGGUCUCUUGACGCAAAUGUCACCGGCUGGACCCAUCACCAAUGUCUUGACACCGCUCUGGCACUUGCCAAUGUUCCUCAACCCCUGGAAAAGGGCAGAGCGCAAACGCCACGAUGAACAACAAGAAUGGUGGAUGCAGCGUCUUUUGACAUGCAGGAAGAAGUUGGAGCACGGGGAACUACGCCCAUGCUGGACUCGCCAGUUUCUCGAAAAGACCUCGCUCAAGACCAGCAUCUCGGGUGACUAUGAGGCAUCCUCCGUAAUCGGGAUGCUGGCCCUGGUUGGAAUCUUCACCGUCGUGGGUCCGAUGUCCUACUGGCUCGUGUCGAUGGUUCACAACCCCAAAUGGCAAGAGGCGAUCCAGAGGGAAGUCGACCAGGUUUGCGGUGGUCGUAUGCCAAGAUUGGAGGAUGCUCCCCGGCUGCCUAUCCUCCGUGCUUGUAUCAAGGAGACAAUGAGAUGGAAGCCAAACGUGCCCACUGGUGUCGCCCACGAGACCGAAGCGGAUGACCACUAUCAGGGAUACUUUAUCCCCAAAGGGACCCGCAUCUUGCCACUUGACUGGUGCUUCCUCCGCAACCCCACCAAGUACCCUGACCCGGAUAACUUCCGUCCUGAGCGCUGGCUCGAACCGGGCUGGCCCACGUACCAGGAACCUCUGACGCAGUAUCCGACCAUCAAGGGCCUCACCUCCUUUGGUUGGGGGCAACGCCAGUGUCUUGGUAUGUCGCUCACCCAAGAUGAGCUCAUUGUCGGUUGCGGUGCCUUGGCCUGGUUGUUCAACCUCAAGCACAAGCGUGAUCCCGUAACAGGCGAGAAACUACCCGUUCCGCUUGACAAGAGCAACUCUCUGCUUAUCAUCAAGCCUGAUCCGUUCCAGAUGGCAUUCGAGCCGCGUUCGGAAAAGAGGAAGAUGGAAGCGUUGAGGUUUUGGGAGGAGGCCGAGACAAAGGAUUUCGCCAAGAGGGAGCAGUGGCUGAAAAACCUUCGAGAGAGAAAGCCGGACGUGAUUGAGGAGUCAAAGGUGCCGCAGCCGACAGUGAAGGUCCCAUCUCCGUCACCCGCAGCGGCGGUCCCGGCUGGGCUUGUGAAGGGCGGUGAGGAGUCGAACGGGUUGUCAGAGAAGGUCGUCGAGGAAAAGGGUGCUGGCGUUGGUGGUGGUGGAUUGGCCGCGUGUGGGUCGGCUGGGAAGGCGAUGGGUGAUUUGAGGAAGGAGACGGAUCUUCGGAUCAAGAUUGCGAGGCUGGACUCUCCUUCGAGUUUGUAG